GGACUUCCCGAGGCACCGAAGCAACAUCGAACUUCCGUCCUCUUUGCUCAUAAAGAGCCAGUUGCUCUCUCACUUCAAUUUCAACUCAAUCGCAAUUUUGACACCGAGUGAAUUUGUUCUCUGACUCAAUUUUCACAAUCAAACACUUUAAGAUGUCCUCAGAUCUCUCCGUCCCCUCCUUCGCCCUGGCCGUACUGACGGCCGGAGGCGGCAUCGCCGGCUAUGCCCGGACAAAGUCCGUCCCGUCCAUCGUCGCCGGAGUCAGCGUCGGCCUUCUCUACGGCCUCGGCGGCUACCGCAUCCAGAACCGCGAGCCCUACGGCGUCGAACUGAGUCUGCUCGCCUCGGCAGUCCUCGGUGGCUCCGCCAUCCCCCGCGCCAUCCGCCUCCGCAAGCCCGUGCCGAUCCUCCUCAGUGUGUUGUCAGUCUUUGGUCUCUUCACAUUUGGCAACGAGUUCCGUCGCACCUUGUAAAGAGGCUGUCCGAGAUGAGUUGUGGGAUUGUUGGGGUGAAAAGAGUAUAAGUGUCGUUUGCACUGGCUUCGUAACUAUAGGAAUACAAUUAUUCAAGAA